AGCUGUCGCGUGCGUGUCUGCCCAACUCUGCCAUUCCUUCAUCAGGACUGAGACAGAAGAGGAGCACUUCUGCACUUCUGGACAUCCAGGCACAAGUUCUGCUACACAGCUGGAGAUUAUGUUCAGUGGACUUUUAAAGGAGGAGCCCAUUCAUGAACUCUCAGACUGUGGUGUGGAGCAAAGGAGAAGGAAAUAGCCUACAUCUAACUAAAGCUAUAGUGUGCUGAAGAUCAUCGAGAGAGAGAGAGAGAGAGAGAGAGAAUCAUGGCUGGAUGCUGCAUGUCUGCGGACGAGAAGGAGAGGCAGAGGAUAAACCAGGAGAUCGACAAACAACUGAGGAAAGACAAGAAAGACUCCCGGAGAGAACUCAAGCUGCUGCUGCUGGGCACAGGUGAGAGUGGCAAGAGUACGUUCAUUAAACAGAUGAGGAUCAUUCAUGGCUCGGGUUACACUGAUGAAGAUAAGAAGGGCUUCAUUAAACUCGUCCAUCAGAACGUGAUCAGCGCCAUGCAGUCCAUGGUCAGAGCGAUGGACAUGCUCAAGAUCGCUUAUGCUAAACCAGAGAACCAGGCUCAUGCUACAUUGGCGAAUGAUAUUGAGGUGGAUAAGAUCAUGAGUUUGGAUGAGAACCAAGUGAACGCCAUCCGUAGUCUAUGGAACGACUCUGGGAUUCAGGAAUGCUACGACCGCCGCCGAGAGUACCAGCUGACUGACUCUGCCAAAUACUACCUGAGCGACCUGGAUCGGAUUACAGAUGCGGCGUAUGUUCCCACAGAGCAGGAUAUUCUGAGAGUCCGGGUUCCCACCACAGGAAUCAUCGAGUAUCCCUUCGACCUGGAGAACGUCAUCUUCAGGAUGGUGGAUGUCGGGGGUCAGAGGUCAGAGCGCAGGAAGUGGAUUCACUGCUUCGAGAACGUCACCUCCAUCAUCUUCCUGGUGGCGCUGAGCGAGUACGAUCAGGUCCUCGCUGAAUGUGACAACGAGAAUCGCAUGGAGGAGAGUAAAGCUUUGUUUAAAACCAUCAUCACUUAUCCCUGGUUCCAGCAGUCGUCUGUGAUUCUCUUUCUUAAUAAGACAGACAUCCUGAAGGAGAAGAUCGUUCACUCGCACCUGGGCACAUAUUUCCCAGAAUUCACAGGCCCCAAAAAUGAUCCAAAGUCAGCCCAGGAAUUUAUCCUCAAGAUGUACCAGGAUGAGAACGAAGACAAAGACAAAACCAUCUACUCUCACUUCACCUGCGCCACGGACACGGAGAACAUCCGGCUGAUCUUCGCCGCGGUCAAAGACACCAUCCUGAGACACAAUCUCAAAGAGUUCAACCUGGUUUAACACCAGUAGAGUUAGCGCUCACUUUAUCUUAACAUUGUUCUGAGGACGUAGA